UUUUAUUUUUUUUACUACACACUACACAGUACACAUCACAACCAUUACAUGAAUUACCGAAGAAUAAUGAGGAUCGUAAAUUCGUAAUCCUUUUUGAAAAAGAGUAAGUGCUUAACGCAAGUCAUUGAUCUUUUCAUUUUUAGUAAGUUUCCGACUGUUUAGCAUCUAAAUUAAUUUGUAUGGUGUUUUUUGUAUGGUUUGAGUUAUAUAAGUGAAAAUUUUCCUAGGUCAAAUAUUAUGCUCAACGUUUUAUGUUAUUCUACCAUAUUUUUCGAAUUUGGUUCUGACUUCCACCAUACUCGCAACAGAUUUCUCUACUCUAUAAAUACCAAUUUCAGUUUUUCAUGUAAUUCUAACAGACUCGAUUACUAGUCACCUCAUAUCGUAACAUGGGACAUUGGCGUAUAAAGAUAUCGCUUGUUGUUGCUAUAUCCAUGACAAUUCUACAUUCAUCUAUCGCCCACAACGAACCAGAAGACUUCCUUCAUGCCCAUGGUUGUAUUAGAAGAUUACUGGAUAUACCACCUCUGGUAUGGGACCCUGAAUUGGCAAAAACUGCGCAAGCUUGGGCUGACCAAAGGAAGGAUUGUAAAUUGACACCCUCUGACAAGGUUGGUGAGAAUAUGGCACAGGGGCCAAAUCUUAAUGCUUCAUAUGCAGUUCAGAUGUGGGUUGAAGAGAGACCCGAUUACGACCAUGGUAAAAAUGAGUGCUUACCGGGUACUCAGUGUGCCCAUUAUACGCAAGUGACAUGGAAAAAUACAGAACGCGUUGGAUGUGGUAGGGCUCAAUGUUCAGACGGUGUGUGCUACGUUAUUGUUUGCAAUUAUGACCCUCCAGGGAACAUUGUUGGCGAGAAACCCUACUAA